AUAAUAUUUUAUUUGUUCCAGCUCUAUGAAUUGUGGGGCAUUUAUAAAAUUAAAAACCAAGUUUUUGUUAUCAAUUUUAGUUUUUCCCGUAUAAAAGUGAACAGAAAGAGUAUGCCACCCCCAAGACCGAAGGGGAUAGCGUUUAAUUCAGGAGUUACCCAGGCCAGAUCGACCCCAGCAAAUACCCCCAUGUCGGAAAGGCAGCAGAUGGCUUUGCUUAUCCAAAUGACGGCCACCUCCUCGACAGAUUCGUCCCGAACCAAUCUAAAGAAGAAUGAGUGCAAGAAAGGAGAUGCCGAAAGCGACGAAAGCAACUUGAACGAAAAGCAAGAGACUCUGGAUACUAAGGACAAGUCCUCCGCGGAGGAAAGCAGCAGCGAUGGCAAGAACUCGGACUCAGCUCAUCAGGGAACAUCAGCGGCGAAGCGCUGUUACUCGGACAUAGAGGAGGACUUCGAGGAAUCUGGCGAGGACGUUAAGAAAAAGAAGCGAAAAGACUCGGAGCAUGGAAAGGACUUGAAGGGGGCCUCCCUAAAGCUCGCCUCCAGAGUGGAGAAAGGCUCUAAGCUAGCGACUAACAAGGGUUCACCGUCCGCCAAUAAAAUCACCGCAUCAAGUGCCGAGAAGGAGCAGGCUGAGAUUAACAAAAAUGCGGACAUUGAAAACGAAGGCAGUGACGAUUACAAGAGCAACGAUAGCUUGUACAAUGGUGGUCUCAAGGUUCCCCCGCUUAAGAUAGUCAUACCCCAGCAAAAUUGCUCCAUAGACACCGAGGGAAAUGUGCUGAGGACAGGAAAGGUUACUGCCUCGCGAAAUGCAGCUCUCCCGUAUGUGGUGAGCUCGAACAGCGACUCCAUCGACACUGUGAUUACCAGUCAGUCCGUAAGCCCUCAUGAAAGUCCGCAGAAGAGCAACAUUGUUUGUGCCACUGUUUUGGAUGACAAGAAUAUAAAGCUCUUCAAUGACGAGAAGAAUUUAAGGGUCCUGCGAAGCUCUCAUCGCAAUGUAGAGCGCAGCUCGAACAACUCGUCUCCACAGAUGCAAAGCAACUCUCCUUCACCAGCCUCCUCGAAUCAUGCCAACGAUACGACGGACGUAAAGCUGUCCUACAGCAACAUGACCUCCAGUCCCAUUCCACAGGGUCACCAGUUUGACCAGGAGACAAUCACGAAUGUCCCGAGCCCUUCCACAUCAUCAACGUCCUCCUCGAAGGAGAUAAACCCCUCCUCGAACGUUGACCUCCAUCCCCGAAAGCGAAAGAUUAGGCCGAAAAACACUGACGACAGUUCGAAGAACUCAAAUGCGAAUAACCUAGAUGCGGCUGUGAAUUCCGAGGAAUCUCAUCCCCACGAUCAUCCAUUCACCAAUGGUUUCCAGAUGUUCUUAAACAUCCGCCGACAAAUCGAAAAGAAGUGGAAGAGCUUGUACCCGGUGAAGCCGAGACCUCCCCAGGGCUACAACGAUUACUUACUGACGAAAAAGUCGUAUCUGCUCAGCCGAAACGCACAGAACCCAGCCGUGGAUAUACCGAGCACCGUGCCUCAGGCAAUGACCAGAAUAUACCAGGACCAGGAGAAGGCAAGACGAGAUUUAAUCCAGGCCCAUACCGUGGAGCGGGAGAAGCUCUGCCUGAACGUAGAGCAGGAGAUAAUACGGGUCCAUUCAAAGGCAGCCAGAAGUAUAUCUGGCCAAUCUGCGCCUUAUUCCGUGUGUACCUACUUGAAGGACGACGAGGUCUACAACUUGAUCACCCCAGAGCAGGAUGAGAAGGAGAAGAGUGCCCGCUGUCGAUUCAAUGGACGAUUGCUUCUCAGUUGGUUGCAAGAUGUCGAUGACAAGUGGGAGAAAAUCAAGGAAUCAAUGGUGUUGCGACAUCAUAACGAGGCCGAAAGUCUGCACGCCGUUCAAGUCAUGGACUGGAAUAUAUGCGCAAAACGAAAUAGACUAUGUGACAACCCGAUAGAGGUGAACCUGGAGCACGUGCCCAUAGUUUCUGUUGGGGAUGACUUUGAUACAUUGCCAACAUAACCGGAAAAGUCGGAAAUAAAUUUAAUUUGUUAUAAAAU